UGUCCCUUAUGUAAAGAUACGUACUAGCACUGUUACAUAGGGUUUGUACAUUGUGCUUGGUAGAAAAGAUCUUAAGGAGAAGUAAAAGUAGCCCCGUGUAAGGAAUGCACCUGUAAUCCCAGCACUUAAGAGGCACGGACAAGAGGAUUGCUUUGAGUUUGAGGCUAGCCUGGGCUACAUAACAGGAUUCUGGAGAGAGUGACAAAAGGUAAAGGCAGACAGUUCCAAACAGUGCUCUUGAAAUUAUUCCGAUAAUGUGUGAUUUGUUCUGCAGCCAUGGAGUUUGCAGUGCAAAGGUAUUUGAAUGCUGGGAGCAAACAUGAUGUUGUCCCUGUCUCCCUGGAGGGGAGGGCAGAGCUUCUAUUGCUCCUGGCAAAAUAAAGGCUGAAGGUUGCAUGCGCAUCCCAGAGACUAAACUACGGACUCUUCCUCCUCUGUCUCCACAGGCUCUAGAAGCAGAAGGCAGCUCUAGUUCCCUGCAGAGGGGCUGGGCAUCGCAGCCAUGAAGUAUAUGCUGAGCCUCUACCUGCUGGGACUUGUCUUGACUCUGCUGUCUGUCUUCGUCAGACUGAUGGAGUCCCUGGGGGGCUUAUUGGAGAGCCCACUGCCUGGGAGCUCCUGGACCCCGAGAAGUCCACUAGCCAAUGCAGAGCCUCCAGAGAGCCUUCCAGACCAUCCGUCCAGAGGAGUGCAGUAAACCGC